AUGAUUGAAAUCGUUACUGCUUUGGAUCCUGAAAUUCCUAGGGGUGCCGUCGCCUGGAAACCACCUCGUACACCGCUUAUCGGAACUGAUGCUGGCACCAGCCAACGGAACAACGACCACGAUCGUCCUCGACAAUUUCGCAUAUGGAUUCCAUGCGAUGCACUCGAACAUCUCUGGGUGGCACUUGCCGAAGCAGAAGUACGCAUCAUAGGCGGGAGCGUCCUUAUCAUACAUAAAGGUAACUGGGUACGUGCAGGUACGGCUGCGUGGACACCAGAAGGCGUCUCUGUAUUGAACGACGGGCUUGCCGCUUCCGACGAAUUUGGCUUGAGUCGGAAGAAGGACGUGCCCUUGUACGAAGAGGAUGAACAUGAGGAUAAGAUCACUGUCGAACUAGACGAACACGGCCCUCUGGACGGCGUUGUCACAACGAGUCCUGUCGUCGAGUGCUUUGAAGAAAACGAUGACGAAGACGAGGCUGAGGAGGAUGACUCUCACCUGUUCGCACUCUUCUUGAUAGACUUUGCACAUACACGACUCGCGCCUGGAUAGGGACCUGACUCGGGCAUUCUGCUUGGUAUGGCCACGCUCAUCCAACUCAUUUGCGAGCGGCAGGGUGCUGUUCAGGCAUUGGAUGGUGAAGUGUAUAUGUAAAGAAAGCUUGCUGUCACGCAUAAGUGCAAAACGCCGUUGCCAUGGUACAACUGCAUCCAGUGGAUGCGGCGUUGAGCCGUACCUUAUACCUCGUGGAAGGAUACUUUCUAAAGAGUCUUAGCCAU